AUGAACCAUCUCGUGUUUCAGUGUGGCGGAGAGCGUCCCACUUGCUUCGCGUGUGUCCGCAAUGGCCAUUCAGCAGAAUGCUCGUACGAGACACAGCCAACAGAGACACAGCGUCAAGCCUGGAAGCGCAAGUACAGUGCCGUGGAUGGCGAAAACAGUGUCCAUCGUAGAUUUAUCAAUAUCCUUCGGUCUCACCCAGAACAAGAUGUCAACGAUAUUCUGAACCGUCUUCGUGGCGGAACCAGCGCGGAUGAGCUUGUGAGACACGUCGAGUCGGGAGACUUACUCUUGGAGCUAUCAGUUGCACCAGGCAUACAAUGGCGACAUAAUCCUGGCGGUCUAUUAACCAUCCCCGAUUUACCCAAGACUGCCAAUAACCCUUAUGUCAAGUCUCUCAUCUAUCACAUAAAAUUCGGUCCAUUGACACCAACAAGACCACGGCCACCACCAGCAGGGUCUCUCGCUUCGUACAAUGCACCAUACCAUACUGCUGGCAUGAUCAGCGUCCUCCUUGACACUUGUCAACUCGAUAUAGAAGCGACGAGUCUGGAUUCUUUAUUUAUAAAUCAUCUUUCGCAAUUGGUAAAUUAUGAUUCUUCGUGUGUUCCAUACGCGCGUCCAAAUGCAGCCCUGGCUUAG